GAACCGCAUCAAUGGGCGUGUAUAAAGAAGAAAACACGGCCGCUCUUCACCGCCACAUAAGGCACAUGCAAGGAUAGCGUGUUUUCGUGAGUACGAUGAAUUCCACACAGUGACACAUUGGUAAAAAAGAAGCGAAACAUUGGCAAUGUGGAUAGCGUCAAUUAAUGGCGCUGUUGUUAUGGUGCUGGUAUGUGCGGCGUGUGGAGUUGCGGCCGUAGCAGCAGUGCAAGCUAGGCCGGAUUUCAAUUGCUACUUAAACGGCGAAAUAAUUCUGAGAAACCCCAAUCCGAGCAAAAUGGUCUGGGUGAACGCCUCGAAUGCCGUCAACGCUUCAUGCAGAGCCGCGUUCCUCGUGGAUUCACCGCAGAUCGACGCCGACCGAGCAUCCGUCAGAAUCAGCGGCUGUUCCACGGACACCGAUAUAAGUGUUGUUUUUAGCGCUGAAACCGGGAUACCGGAUUUGGUAACGGAGGAGUCUGCCGUGUUCUACACAAUACGUUGCCUCGUCACACCCGGUGAAGGAUUCACGCGCGACUACGUGGACAAAAGCUGGGUAACUCACGUGGUCAACACGAAGAAGUUGGAAAAAGCGACUCCAAAACUGAAGCUGGACUCCAGUAUCUUUAAGCCGACGAAACCUCCAGAACGGACGGACGUGUCGCCGGUGACGGGCAUGCCUGGCAUGACUGUCAGAACGGUGGCUACCACCACCACGUUGCCCUCCGCCAAGUUAUUCGAGGAACUCAGCUGGGUUGUACAAGGACCGGAGGGUUACCGAAUUAAGCCAAUGAACUGCUCGGUCUCUUCUGGUAUUUUAGCGGACGGAUCGAGACACGUACUGCAGCUUAUAGAAAACGGGUGCUCGGUGUAUAAGGACAUUGUAAGCAACUUCCGUAUACCAAACGCCAGCGAGCCGCAUCGAGCCGUGGCGAGCUUUUGGGCCUUCCGGUUCGAUGGAAGUAAUGAAGUCAAUCUUGCGUGCACAUUAAAGGGCUGUCUUUUGAAAUCCAAAAAAUGUGAUUGGACUUGCUCUCCAAGAAGACGAAGGUCGUUUGACGAUAUUAUUCGGAUGAACAAAAUCCCGUCCGCGAGUAUUGUAAGCUCUCGGGACAUUAGACAGAACAUCCGCGAUGUACAGAUCGGCUUCCCGGGAAUGACGACCAAUGAACAUGACGUCACAAUAAGGAAGCGUGACGUGAGCAACGCCGUAAAGACAUCCGACAGCGGUUUCGAGGGUUACGUCCGGGUAACCAUUUACGUCUAUGACGAAGUAGACAGAAUAGAGCUUUCGCUUCGAAGUGCCACACCGCCUACAACAUGGUUCCCCUCAGCAAUGCUGACACUGACAGUUUCAGUAUUCGAGUUUCUGCUGUAAUGAAAUGCAUUGGCGAAAAUGCGGUUGCAAUUA